CGCAUUUAUUUUUUGUAAAGUGCGCAAUUCUUUUGCGAUUUAAAACCAAACCCUAAAUUACAAAAAAAAAAAUCACCAGCACAAAUUAAAGAUGGCUGCCCCAGCACCAGCACUCAAGGACUUGCCAAAGGUGGCCGAGAACCUGAAGAGCCAACUGGAGGGCUUCAAUACGGAGAAACUGAAGAAUGCCAGCACCCAGGAGAAAAUCAUUUUGCCAACUGCCGAGGAUGUGGCUGCCGAGAAGACCCAAAAGUCCAUAUUCGAGGGCAUCACGGCAUUCGAUCAAAACAAUUUGAAGCAUACAGAGACCAAUGAGAAGAAUCCAUUGCCCGAUAAGGAAGCAAUUGAACUGGAGAAGGAGAAGAAUCAAUUUAUCGCCGGCAUUGAGAAUUUCGAUGCGAAAAAAUUGAAGCACACCGAAACUAACGAGAAGAACGUGCUGCCAACCAAGGAGGUCAUCGAGGCCGAGAAGAAGGCUUAAAUUCAGCAGCCGAGAAAAAAAAAAUCAAUUUUUUUUUUUUGCACCAGCAAACAAAUACGCAUUCUCUCGCUCUCACACUCAGAUACAACAAAUUGUUUGUUUUUUCUUUUUUUUUUUUUUAAUCAUAUUUUAGUAAUUUUUAUGUUUGUUUAAAGUGAAGCAACAACGACUGCAAACAGCCGCCAUCCAAGCAACAACAAAAGUUGUUUUUUAUUGUUUUUCUUUUUUUUUUAUUAAAUUUUGUUUUUCCAUUUCUUGUCAAAUACAUUGCAAAUAAGCUCAUUCCUAUUAUAAUAAUAAAAAUUCACUCUUAAUCAAUAAUGAAAAAAAAAA